AUGCUUAUUACCCUCGUCCCUGCCGCUUUCUUUGACUGCUCAGUAGACGUGACACGGCUCCUCGAAAAGAUACACAGUUCCACUAAAGUCUAUCUGGACUUCAUUCAAACCCAGGGUCUUCCCGAACCGUCCUAUGAACAUGGCGACGGUUUGAACACAGCCAUUAACAUCCCUCGCAGUGUUCUUGUGGCCAAGGAUGCCGCAAUUGAAGCGACUGAUGAGCUUCACCAUCUGCUCUCAGGCCCCCUUGGUCUUAUUCUCAGCUCUCCUGGUGAUCAAUACCUCCUCCUUGCCUUGCAAUAUAUAUAUCGCUACAAUGUUGCAGCCCAUGUUCCGUCGAACGGCCACAUUACGUUUGAGGAACUUGCCCGGGCAACGAACGUCAAUGUCACGGAUCUAUCGCAUUUCCUCCGCGUUGCGAUUGGCCGACACGUCUUCCACGAACCGAAGAAGCACAUAAUCACACACACAGCAGCCUCUAAACUCCUGGUGAACCAUCCCAUGGUUAAGGACUGGCUCAUGAACAUUGCCGAGGAGUUCUGGCCCUCCCUAACUCGGACUGUCGACGCCACGACGAAAUGGCCAGGAUCAGAGGAGCCCAAUCAAACUGGAUAUUCCCUCGCUCACAACACAACGGAAAGCCCUUUCAGGGUCAUAGAGUCAACUCCAGCCCGUCAUACCCAAUUCAUAAACGCCAUGAAGUACUCCCACAUUCAUUCAGCGUACAGCGUGUCCCAUCUCAUUGAAAAUUACGAUUUCGGCGCCAUCGGCCCCGGCACGAUCGUCGAUGUGGGCGGGUCCACUGGCCAGGUCAGUAUCGAAAUUGCCAAGAAAUACCCCCAGGUCAGGUGCAUCGUGCAAGAUAUACCGGACACUAUUGCCAGGCUUGAUGGCCAAGUUCCUAUCGAGAUCAGGUCACGAAUUCGGGGAAUGGCGCACGACUUCCUGACGCCACAACCCGUCCAAGGGGCAGAUAUCUACCUCUUUCGAUGGAUUCUCCAUGAUUGGUCUGAUAAGUACUGUGUCAAGAUCCUGCGUGCUCUGGUGCCUGCGUUGAAGGAAGGUAGUAGAGUAUUGGUCAAUGAUAUUUGCAUUCCCGAUCCUGGGGUCUUGGGAACGGCGGCUGAUAGGGCGUUGAGAACCAUGGACAUUUCUAUGAAAGCGUUCAAUAAUGCCAGGGAGCGGGAUGCGGAGGCUUGGGAGUCUUUGUUUGCUAAGGCGGAUUCUCGCUUUCGGUUCCUGGGAAUUACAAUUCCCCCAGGCGCCCAGAUGGCGAUUAUUGAGGCUGAAUGGAGCGAAUGA